CACCCAGAUUCACUGCACAAGCUGUCGGGUAAACAGGAGUCGCUCCCUCCUCAGCAUCAUCGUCCUACGUCUUAUCCUCGGAAGCAGGUACCACGACAGGUCAGCAUUGGAGUGCGAGCCCUCUCCCAGGAAAGAGUCGAGGAACAGAGUUGCUUCGACGCGCGGUGCAUGAACGCGACGGUGCAUCGGAGCAGUCGCGCGGUUUGAUCUUCGACAGCCAUAGCCAUGGCGAUGUGCUCCGCCUUCUGUCCUCGCAUACCCCACUACUCCUUCCUCAGAGCAGCGCCGUCCGUCCGUUCGAUCCCGCCAUCAUCGUGGCCGUUUCGGGCUUCAUCUUCCCCAGCUCGAGCUUCGAGUUCCUUCUCGUCCCCUGCGAAGGAAAUACCAGGACGAAUAGGGUUUUUGGGUCUUGGAAUCAUGGGUACGCCAAUGGCACAGAAUCUCAUCAAGGCGGGAUGUGAUGUGACCGUCUGGAACAGAACCAAGAGCAAAUGUGAUUCUCUCAUAAGCUUGGGUGCACAAUAUAAAUCCUCUCCUGAAGAAGUCGCUGCAACUUGUGAUGUCACGUUUGCCAUGCUCGCUGAUCCUGAAAGUGCAGUCGAUGUUGCAUGUGGGAAGCAUGGAGCUGCUAACGGAAUGAGUCCAGGAAAAGGGUAUGUGGAUGUUUCGACAGUUGAUGGGACCACUUCUAAGUUGAUUAGUGGUCAUAUCAAGGGCACUGGAGCGCUAUUUCUGGAGGCUCCUGUUUCAGGCUCCAAAAAGCCCGCUGAAGAUGGGCAAUUGAUUUUUCUCACAGCAGGUGACAAAGCUCUAUAUGAGAUGGUUGCCCCAUUUCUUGACAUCAUGGGAAAGUCAAAAUUUUACCUUGGUGAUGUUGGAAAUGGAGCUGCUAUGAAACUUGUUGUCAACAUGAUCAUGGGAAGUAUGAUGGCAUCAUUUUCCGAAGGAUUACUCCUUAGCGAGAAAGUAGGGUUGGAUCCUAACGUACUUGUAGAGGUGGUGUCACAGGGAGCCAUUAGUGCACCCAUGUACUCGGUCAAAGGUCCUUCGAUGGUCCAAUCCCAGUAUCCCCCGGCGUUUCCUUUGAAGCAUCAGCAGAAGGAUCUGAGGCUUGCUCUGGGGUUAGCAGAAUCUGUUUCCCAAUCCACGCCCAUUGCAGCAGCGACAAACGAACUGUACAAAGUGGCAAAGUCUCACGGUCUGAGUGACCAGGACUUUUCAGCAGUCAUUGAAGCACUUAAAGCGAAACAAUGAGAUAGGCCUGCAUUUUCUAAGUUGAUACAGAGAACUUUCUUUCGAUGCCCUGGGUCAUCUGGUAAGUUGGCAAAGCCUCCUGCUAUGUUGCUUAGAUUGUUCUUCCUCCAUGGAAGACAAAUGCAGCAUUUUGUGCAUGUCUUAUAUAUAUGAUUUGUAACAAGUUCAAUUUUUGAUUCUGGCAUCUGAAUGGUUGUGGUUACAUCUGCCAUUAGUUUAACAUAGGCAAAAUAAAAUGAAGAAGGGUUUGCAAUA